AUGGGAUCAGAAUUAUCCACCAUUAAAACAAUUGACGAAAAAAUUAAAGAACUUGAUAAACAACUUUCUUCUACCAAGGUUGAGGCCUCGUCUACAAAGGCCAGUUUGGAAGCCUCAAAAAAGGAGGUAGAAAAGCUCAAAGCACAAAUUGCAGCUCGUGAAAAGGUUCGACAGGACAUGGAAAUGAAAUUAGGGAAGGCGAUAGAUCUUGAGAAACAACUUUCUUCUACCAAGACAGAGGCGUUAUCUGCCAAAGCUAGUUUUGAAGCUUCGCAGAAGGAAGUCUUAGACCUAAAAGAGCAGUUUCUAGCUUGUAAAAAGGUCCAGGAGGAUACUGAAACGAAAUUGCGUGAAGCGAGUGAUCAACUUUCUUCAAUGGAAUCUGAACUACAAAUUAACAAGGAUGAGUUGGAGUCGUCUAAAAAAGAGUUAAAAGAGCUCCAAGAGCAAGUCUCUACUUGUGUUAAGGAAUUACAAAGCAUGGAAGUGCAAUUAAAAAAGGUGCAACAUCAACUUUCUUUGACUACUUUUGAGUUACAAUCCACCACGAUCCAGUUAGAUCCUUCAGAGGAAAGAGCCAUGGAGCUUGAGGAACAACUUUCCACUUGCAAGAAGGAAAUUGAAGACCUGCAAACAAGAUACCAAAUUAUAGAGGAUCAUUUCUACGCAGUCAAAUCCGAGUUAGAAUCCGCUAAGAUUGAGCUAGAGUCCUCGAACAAAAGAAUGAAAGAGCUUGAGUAUGAGCUUUCUUCGUAUGUGAAGGAGAAGGAAGAUAAGGUUGUAGAGUUCGGAAAGAUACAAAAUGAACAUUCAUCAAUUAUGGUUGAAUUGGACUCUACUAAAAGUCAAUUAAUAACUUCUGAAGAUAAGGUGAUACAACUUGAGGAGCUGAAAAAGGUGCAAGAUCAACUCUGUUUGACCGUUGAUGAGUUACAAUCUGCAAAACUCAUGUUGGAGUUCUCUAAACAAAAGUUUGAGGAGCUGAAGGAUCAAUAUAGUGUUUGCAAGAUGGAAUUACAAAAGAAGGAAGCAAAAAGGCAAAGGUUAUCAGAUUAUCUUUGUUCCAUUGAUUCUCAAGUCAAGUUAACUGAUCCAAAUUCUGAUGGAGUAGAAAUUUCUAUGUUAACGACUGAGAUAGACAUCAGCCUCGACUAUUCAGAACCCAUGCAACAAAGUGAAGGUGAAUAUGGCAACUUGUGCGGUAUAAGAAACGACCAUGAAGAUGAAGAAACCUUUGAAGAUGAGAAGGGUUUAAGAAUUGACCAUGAAGAUGUCGACGAAAACUUUGAGGACAAGAAGGGUCUAAGAAAUGACCACGAAGAUGUAGAAGAAGAGGACGAGAAGGGUAUAAGAAAUGACCAUGAAGAUGAAGAAAACUUUGAAGACAAGAAGGGUGUUGAAACAAGUGAAAAUGAGUAA